GCCGCGAUGGGGCGCGUCGGUUUUGGAAGUAGUCCGAGAUCAGUGGUGGACACCUGUUGGAGAGAAGCUAGUGUAACGAGGCACUGACCCGACCGACCCGACUGACUGACUCAACCGUCUGCCGGCUGAAGAUAGCCCAGCUUGCCAACUGCAGCGGCAACAGUGGGGAGCCGACGCAGCUGACGCCUGACGCCUGCUGCCAGCGGUCGUCGGCGAGAGAAGCACACCCCUCGCUGGAGGAUGGCGGCUACCGACGUGCCCCCGCAAGAGGCCACCAAGCGACUCCAGACCAAGAAGCAGACGCUGGACGACGCCUACGCGCCACCGGCCAACUACCUGGAGAUCGACGUGGGCAACCCGAUGACCCACGGCGUGGCCAGGAAGCGCUACACGGACUACGAAGUGCGGAUGCGGACCAACCUGCCCGUCUUCAAGAACAAGGAGUCUACGGUGAGGAGGCGCUACAGUGACUUCGAGUGGUUACGGAGCGAGCUGGAGCGCGACAGCAAGAUUGUGGUGCCACCGCUGCCCGGAAAGGCCUGGAAGCGGCAGAUGCCGUUCCGCGGCGACGAAGGCAUCUUCGACGACGAGUUCAUCGAGGAGAGGAAAAAGGGCCUCGAGGUCUUCAUCAACAAGGUGGCGGGCCACCCGCUGGCACAGAACGAGCGCUGCCUGCACAUGUUCCUGCAGGACCAAGUGAUUGACCGCAACUAUGUGCCGGGCAAGAUCCGCAACACGUGAUGGACAGUCGGCGCUCCCAGCCGCUCGUUACCUUGCCCGUCCGGCCACUGCGUCGAGAGGACCGCCGGAUCGUAACCUCGAGUCAUUCUGGUCCCGACGCGUCUGUGCGCGAGUCCCAGUGUCGGACGGAAUUCCUCCCGCUGUUGGUCGGGAUUGCGGGUCCGUGGUUUCCCCGUCGGUCGUUACAUUUCACUGCAGGUGCUGCGCUUGUAUCGAGAGCGAAUAAACUUAACGGAAACUGUUUAGCAACACGGUGCAACGCAGUUGCGGCGACCGUCGCUCCUUUUACGCGGACGGACCUCUUUAUUGUCGGGAUCUGAAUGACUUCUGCGGUAACUCUGUUGGGCACAUGUAAUAAAGUGUACAUUUUUGGCAA